AUGGUGUUCUCCAACUGUAAAACAUUCUCUCUAUUAUUGAAGCUUCAAACUUCCUUUCAAGUUCUCAUGAUUGCAAUCUUUCUUUCUCAAACGAACUUGCUAGCUGCUGGAUUAUCUUUCAAUUUUACCAGUUUCAAUGUUGGUGAUCUAAACAUUUCUUAUGAACGAGCCUUCCCUGCAGAACAAGCCAUUCAACUUACAAAUAAUAUGAUGGGUGCCAAUGAGAAAACAAAUUUUGGCCGAGCCACGUACUGUAAAUCUAUGCAGCUUUGGGACGAAGCUUCUGGUAAUCUCACUGACUUCCAAACCCAUUUCUCGUUCGUCAUUGAUUCUAAAAGCAAGUUCCAAUAUGGAGAUGGAUUGACUUUCUUUCUUGCACCUGAAGGUUCAAAGCUUCCUCCCAACGUGACAGAGGGCUGCACUUUAGGACUUACAUUUGAUGGACAACAACUAAACACUACAGUGAAUAGUUUUGUUGCUGUUGAAUUUGAUAUCUUCAGUAACGAUUUUGAUCCUUCAGGCGAACAUGAGAUGCAAUACCUUAGUGUAAUUCUGGAUCUGAGGGAUUACCUGCCAGAACUCGUUACUUUUGGCUUUUCAGCAGCAACAGGAAGUUUAUAUGCUAUGCAUAGAGUUUAUUCUUGGGAUUUUAGUUCAACUUUAGAAAUUGAUGAGAAUAUAACUAUUCCAACACAGCCAACAGAAGCUCCUUCCCCAAUUUCGUAUUCAAAUCCCAAAGAAAAUGCAGAUGAUGAAGAAGGUGGUCAUUUCUUGGAUGAGUUCAUGGAUGAUGAAUUUCAAAAGGGAACUGGACCAAGGAGAUUUUCUUAUCGUGAAUUGGCUCGAGCUACAAAUAAUUUCAAGGAUGAAGAGAAGCUAGGAGAGGGAGGGUUUGGUGGGGUUUAUAAAGGAUAUUUAAAGGAUACAAAUUCAUAUGUUGCAGUGAAGAGAAUAUCAAGGGGGUCUAAGCAAGGGGUCAAAGAGUAUGCAGCAGAAGUGAAGAUCAUUAGUCGACUGAGACACAGGAACCUCGUGCAACUAAUUGGGUGGUGUCACGAACGAAAAGAUCUCUCACUUGUUUAUGAAUUCAUGCCCAAUGGAAGCUUGGAUUCCCAUCUUUUCAGAGAAAAGCGCUUGUUGACGUGGGAGGUGAGGUUCAGAAUUGCUAAAGGCAUAGCUUCAGGAUUGUUGUACUUGCAUGAAGAAUGGGAACAAUGUGUUGUGCAUAGAGAUAUAAAAUCCAGCAAUAUUAUGUUGGACUCAAAUUUCAAUGCUAAACUUGGAGAUUUCGGUUUAGCAAGGAUGAUGGAACAUGGAAAAGGUCUGCAAACGACAGUUUUGGCAGGGACUAUGGGUUACAUGGCUCCUGAGUGUCUCAGGACAGGCAAGGCCAGCAGGGAAUCAGAUGUGUACAGUUUUGGGGUGGUUGCUUUGGAGAUAGCAUGUGGAAGAAGACCGAUAAACUCCAUGGCUAAUGAAGAAGAAGUGCAUAUGGUGUCAUGGGUUUGGGAGCUCUACGGAAGAGGAAAGCUGCUUGAAGCUGCUGAUCCUAGACUAUGUGGAGAUUUUGAUAAGCAGGAAAUGAAGAGGUUAAUGAUUGUUGGGCUCUGGUGUGCUCACCCAGAUAAAAGUCUGAGACCCUCAAUUAGCCAAUCAAUUCAUGUGCUUAAUUUGGCAACUUCAUUGCCUAGUCUUCCAUUGCAGAUGCCUGUGCCAACAUACCUGAAUACACUGGUGAAACUGUCCUCCUUUUCAUUGUCUUGUGAUCCUGAUAUCACUGAAGGACAUCAAAAUCAAUCUUCAACUAAUAAUUACAAAACUAAUUCCUCCUAG